UUUUUUCCUUUAUGUUUACCUUACGCUAUAAAAGUUUUAUUCGAUUUAAUUCUAUCAAAAGAACUCGCUUUUAUUCUACACAACCAUUGCGCGUCUUGUUUUUUGGUACAGAUGAUUUUGCUUCUACGCAUUUAAAAGCACUUGUAAAAGAAAAAGAGCGCACGGACUCUUGUAUUCAAGCACUUGAUCUUGUCUGUCCACCUGAUCGUCGUACUGGCAGAAAAUUAGAGACAUGGACGCCAAGUGAGACAAAAGGCAUUGCAGCAUCACAUCAACUCGAAAUAUUCCAUACACCCCCACACGCCAAGACACUCAACGAUUGGCAAGUACCUUCCAAUACACCUUAUGAUCUAGGUGUUGUUGUCUCCUUUGGUUAUUUCAUUCCACCUCAUAUUAUCCAUAAGUUCAAAUAUGGUGCUGUUAAUGUACACCCUUCAUUGUUACCUAAAUACCGUGGUGCAGCACCUAUUCAACAUGCUAUUCUGUAUGGUGAUAAAGAAACAGGCGUCACGAUUCAAGAGCUCGAUCCGCAUGAAUUUGAUGCUGGUCGUAUUUUAGCACAACACAAACUUGUGCUGGACCAACCACCUGUCUAUAGCAGCUUAAAAUCCACAUUGGCCGAUAUAGGCAGCCAAUUGUUAAUAGACACAUUGAUGCAUUUGCAUGAACGCAAAGCCAAUGCUGUGGUACAAGAUGCGAGUAAGGCUACACGCGCACCCAAAGUGAAAAAAGAAUGGUCUGAACUAGACUUUAAUAACACAUCAGCAUGGCAAGUAGAACAGCUACAUCGUGCUAUAGGUGAACAUUAUCCUUUGCGUACUAUCUAUCAAACUCACACUAAAAAGGCAAAGGAUAUCAUGGUUCAAUUACUUGAUAUCUCAGUAGCCAGUCACUCUGAUAGUGACCUAAGAGGAUGUUCACCCGGUAGUUUUCGCUGGCAUGAACCUUCGGGUUCCAUUCAUAUAGUAUGUAGUGAUCAAACGGUGAUUGCCUGUCCUACAUUCAAACUACAGAACAAGGGUACUAUUUCUGCCAAAGACUUUUGUAAUGGAUACCAUCAAGAAGGUAGUUUUGGUGUUUCUUUAGGCGUGGAUGACUUGAUUGUUGAGAGAAACAUGAAAAAGAGGGCCAAAAUGCACCCUUUUUACUGAAUAAAAUAUUUUUCUUCUUUUUGAUUUCGUGU